CAGAUUGCAUCAGCCUGUUUUCAAAUAAAGAUUUGUGAAUUUCUAUUCAACCUAGGUCUCAAUGGCCAAGAGGUAACCGUCAAUGGCAGGCAUGUGAUCUCUUCAUUAUUUCACGACCCUCGAAUUACUUUUUGAAUAAAUCCUGACUGGAAUUGUGUAGCCCACCUUGGCUCGGUCCACUAGUCUCCUUAGACAACGCAUCAGAGUUGCUGGAUAUAUAUUCGUUAUUCACAGUACGAUGUGAAUAUUUUGAUGACAAGGCAUUCUUUAAAGGCAUUUUCAGUGAUCCCCAUUUAGAGAUCACAUUCGAAGCGUUCAACAGUAUCGUGCACGGAUUGAUUGCUCCCAUCACCUUAGAUGCAUUUGAUAUUUCGCCAAUAUCCACAGCCAUGCGAAUGCUAUGGAAAUCAACUCCAGAGUUUCGCUGUAAUUGGGAGCAAUUAAUCCAUCAACUCCUUGCCCUAGGGCCCGAUCUGCAUUCAUUCCCCAUGGUCGAGAAUGGAACAAUGCUUGAUCAAAUCAUGGAUAUAGCCGAAUCUCCGUUUGAGUCUGAGGAUGUGGGGGAGGAAUGGCUGGCCAUUCUCGAAAGUUCUGGCCUUGACAUCGAAAAUUACUUACGAACCGAACGUCUCUACCAGUAUGACGGGUCAACACCGCUGAUCACCCUACAUCUGGGGACUUCUGACAAUUUCUAUUGUUGCCGAGGCCGUUACACGAUCUUUUCGGAAAGUAGCCCAAGAGUAUCCUGGGAUUGGUACAUUGAUCCUGAAGGGCAUGUUUCUGAGGUGCUCCACGAAUUCAGAAACCUAGGGCCGAUGGGGCAGGACCUUUCAUACGAUUACGAAUACCCUGAGAGGAUGUUCAACUGGCCUUAUCGCUACCCUCGAUGGCAAUAUCUCCAGCCGGCGCUAAAAUGGUCUACAACUUCUGAGGAGACGAGGACUCUUAUCAAAAUAUUUGACGACCGCUUCGAGCGUCGCUGGCUCAAGAAGGUUGAGAAGUUGCGAAGGGCGCAAGGAAUUGGGAAAGGUCCAAAAGUACCAGGGGCGUGGGUCGACUGAAACUGUAGCCUUCUCUUUCCAAAGCGUUGCAUUUGAUUUUGCUAGUGAGGGGUAACCCAUAGGUAUCUGAGAAAAUGGUUGGUGUUUGUGCUCAAUAAAAUAUUUCCAAUCUUUCCACUGCUCUUUCUCCUUCCCAACUCUGCAGAGAUCUCAAAUUACC